AUGAAGCGUGAACACACGGACGACGACAGAUUCGGAGGCUCGCGUAACUCCAAGCGUCAAAGAGCUGAUGGCUUCUCCGAAGCGUUGGCUCAGGGAAAAUUUGAACUUCGUGUUCUUGUGAGCAGCAAAUGCGCUGGAGCCAUUAUUGGUAAAGGUGGUGAAAACAUCAAACGUCUCCGCACCCAGUUCGAAGGCCAGAUCUCAGUUCCCGAUUCCAACUCUCCCGAACGUGUGUUGACGAUGGUCUGCGCAUCUUCAACUAUUGUUCGCAUCAUCGAGGAUAUUCUUCCGCGUAUUGAAGAUACUCAAAACGACCGAGACAAAUUCACGAUCCGUCUCUUGGUACACCAAUCGCAUGCUGGCGCUCUCAUUGGUAGACAAGGAUUGAAGAUCAAGGAGUUGCGUGAUAGGACCAAUGCCAGAAUCAAAGUAUUCCAACAGUGCUGUCCUCAGUCCACCGAUCGUAUUGCCAUGAUCUCUGGUGAUGAACGCAAUGUGAUCGAUGCCGUGGAACAAAUUGUUGAGGAACUCAAACAGAUUCCAAUCAAGGUGUUGACCCAAACUUCCUUCAACUACGAGCGGUUCUUGCUCCCGACUUACGGAGGUUUCUUCAUCCUUCAUACCGGCUCUGGAGGACGUGGUGGACCACCACUCAGCCCAUUCGAUUCAGGCUCUCGUGGCCGUCCUGGGAUGGGCGGGCCGAUGCCACUGCGUGGUGGUGGAGGUCUUGGAGGACCCGAUAUGCGUUUCGAUCGUGGACUAGGAAGAGAUUUUGAUGGUCCAUACGGUGGGCCAAUGGGUGGUCCUCCAUACGGUGGCGGCAUGUCUUACGGAGGUUAUCCAAGUCAAAACUCAAUUCAGACUACUCAGGUAGGAUUUUCCUUUCAUAUAAGAACACUUAGCAGUAGUGGAGGAAAAGAAACUGGAUUUUCUUUCAUAUAA